AUGAUCGAUCAGUCUCACCCAGACUCCAAGCUAAAAUCCUCGAACGAAUUAACUUCAUCAAAAUCCCUCGCUGGUCGAAGACCGCUUGGGAAGAAAUCACGUACAAAAAUUUUGGAAGAAGAAAUGACUGGUGAAGCUGCGCAGAAGGAGGAGAUGGCCAAGGCUGUUAGUGAGGAGAUUGAUAUUGUGAGUCAAGGGAUCUCGGAUAAGGUUAAGGUGUGAGUGAGGGUCAGACCAAAGCUGAGGAAGGAGUUUGUAGCAGAGGAAGUGGUCAUGGUGGAGGACUGAGAGGGGGUAACAUCGAAGAUACAGGUGGUUAGGGAUAUGGAGAGGAUUGAGAGCUAUUAUGACCAGGUUUUUGCGAAGGAAACUAGUCAAGAAGAGAUAUUUGAAUUUACUAGACCAGCUAUUUCAGGGGUUAUUGAUGGGUUUAAUGCAACAGUCUUUGCUUAUGGGCAAACAGGCUCGGGUAAAACUUUUACAAUGUUUGGACCUCAUUGGGAAACUUCAGUGAGAAAUAGUGCUCUUAGCCUAAACCAAUAUCUCAAGCAUAAUGGCUCUAUAAAGCAGAGGUAUGAUCUUUUUGAUAAUGAAGAAAAAUAUGGAAUAAUUCCAAGAGCAAUACAAUUAAUUUUCGACAGAAUCUCUCAUGAACAAGAUCGGUCUGGAGACAUGGAUAAAUAUACUGUUUACUGUUCCUUCCUUCAGAUCUACAAUGAAAAUCUGUACGACCUACUACAAGAUGGGAAGUUGAAAUAACUCACUAAAUAUUCGUGAGGAUAAGUUUACAGGUAUUUAUGUAGAAGGCCUUGCUGAAUUUGUGGUGAAUAAUGCCAGAGACUGCUUUGCACUAAUGAAAAGAGGCGAGAAGAACAGGAUUACCAAGGCUACUAAGUCAAAUAUCCAUAGUUCGAGGUCACAUUCCAUAUUUCAACUUUGAGUUGAGACUGGUAAGGUAGACAAAAGAGGGAUGUUGAAAAGAGCCAAGCUAAACUUAUGAGACUUGGCAGGAUCAGAGAAAAUCGUUAACAAAGAAGAAAGUAUGACUAAAGCUCAUUUUAAUGAGCUCAGAACUAUUAAUCUUUCGUUAACUACUCUUGGAAAGGUCAUUGCAGCUCUUUCUAGCAAAGUUAAAAAUCCGAGAGCAAGGAGUAAUGCUGGAAUGUAUAGUAAGAAAAUUAAAAACAAAAGAUAUGGGCCAAGCAUUCCUUACAGAGAGUCUAAGUUGACAAGGCUGCUUCAAGACUCUCUUGGUGGAAAUACUCGUACAUGAUUGAUCUGAGCUGUCUCUCCUAUUGAGGAUAAUGUCAAUGAAACUAUAGGCACCCUCAAAUUCGCUGAUAGGGCUAAGCAAGUUAUGGUAAAAGUCAAAGCUAAUGAACUGGAUGCUGCUGAUAAAGAUUUAGUCCAGAAGCUACAUAAAGAAGUUGUACAUCUUAGACAAGUGCUUAAUCUACGGAAGAAAGGCAAAUUUGAAGAGAUUCAGUUGCAAUUAGUAAAACUGCAGAAAGAAAAUAACCGCCUUAGAACACUAGCAGAGAACCAUGAAGAAGUUGAGAAACUUAAAAUGGAAAAUAAAUAUAUGAGAAUUGAAUUACAGAAAAUUAGAGAAGAAGAAGGAUCCCUGAUAAUCAGAGAUGAUGGGGGAAUGUCUUUUACCGAGCUAAAUUCUAAUGUGAAUAAGACACAGGCAUACGAAUUAUCUUCGUUGCAAAGCAAGAAUAUCAAAGACAUCGAGAGAAGGAUUGACAAUGAAGCUCCAAUGAAAUGUCCACUCUGUAAAGAAUUCCCACCAUGUCCUCAUUACAACGAAGGUUCUGAUUAUGACACAUGUUCUCCAAUUAAGAGGCUUCGAGAUGUGAAUCCUCCCAAUAAAGUUAAGCCUGGAGUUCAGAAUAAGUCAUUUGUACCUGCUCUAGCUAGAUCAAGGGAGAAGUUGCUAGAUGAAGGAGAAAAUGCCUAUCGAGUAAUUGAUACCGACAGUAAAUUCAAUACAGGAACCAUUGAAAUGAAAUCAGCAAAAGGAAGAAGAGUCAAGUUGAGAGAAGCCAUCGCUUCAAAAUCUUUGACCAAAAAGAGAAAACUCAGUGAAUGAAAGGUGAAUAUUGACAACAGAGACGAUCAAGAUUAUGGAAAUGUGAGCCAACCUGAUCUAAAUGGGCCAUCUUCAGCUCUGAUAAAGUUUGAUAAUCAUUCGAAUAAUCUCAAUAAUUUUGAAGAUGGAGCUCAAGAAUUACGAAAAUCAAGAGAAAGUUCGAGAAAUUAUGCAGACUCUGCAGAAGAGGAGAUUAAAAAGUUAAUGAAUGCCUCUAACUACAGCUCAAUUAGUAAGAGUACUCCUAAGAAAAUAUAUAACACGAAUGAUUCCGUUGCUAUGAAUAUUCAACAAUCACAAUAUAGUAUAUUUCCCGGAUGAAUUCAGAAGGAUUAUACUAAAGGAAGGUCAGCUUCUCGUGAGUUGAUCAAAGCUGCUGAUAAUAUAAUGUCUAAAGAUCUUAACAUCAGUAAGGAGCAACCAUCUGGGCGGGAACCGCCCAGUCGUUCCUCUGCUUAUGGUUCUAGAUCUUCUGAAAUAUAUCCGUCAGUGUCUACUGAUUUGAACUCUAACUCUACCUUAAUCCGGAUUAGGGAUAAGAACAGUUAUAUUCUAUCCAAGAAGACUAAUACAAGCUUGCCGAAGCAUAAUAGUUUUAUUCCAGGCGGGCCUACUAAGAAGAGAAGGGAUUUACUGAAGGCGAAGGCUAGAUUAAAGAAAAUAGAGAUGAUCGAGCAGAAGAGAAUUGGUAGAGUAAAGGAAGAAAUCAUUAAACUAGAAGAAGAACGUAAGAGAGAAGAAGCAAUGAGGAAGAAAAAGAGAAAAGAAUUAUUGGAAAGAAAAGAGAAGUUGAUAUUGGACAGAAAAAAGCUUGAACUUCAAAAGCAAAAACGUCUCAAGAAUAAAGAAUCUUCAAAUGAGUUGCCUAACCUAUCUUCAGAGUUUGUUUAA